GUGUUCGAUGUUGGUGGUCAACGAUCGGAAAGACGAAAAUGGAUUCAUUGCUUUGAUAAUGUGGAGUCAAUCAUAUUUAUUACGGCUAUCAGCGAAUAUGACCAAGUAUUGUUCGAAGAUGAAACGACUAAUCGUAUGAUAGAAUCUAUGCAAUUGUUCAACUCAAUUUGCAACAGUACCUGGUUCCUUGCAACAGCUAUGAUCCUUUUCUUGAACAAAAAAGAUCUAUUUAUGGAAAAAAUCAAAAGAGUCAACAUCACCACUGCAUUUCCUGAUUAUGAAGGUGGCCAAAAUUAUGAUGAAGCCGUGGCAUUUAUCAAACUGAAAUUCGCCGAGCUCAAUUUAAAUCCGGAUAAAAAGACUAUUUAUAUGCACGAGACAUGUGCAACUGACACAAACCAAGUACAACUCGUCAUAUCGAGUGUGAUCGAUACUAUCAUUCAGAAGAAUCUUCAAAAGGCCGGUAUGAUGUGA